AUGGAAAGUAGUCACAAAGAAUCAAAACUGAAGAAGGAAGAAGGAGAUAGUGAAGCCACCAUCCAAAUAUGGAAACACAUAUUUGGUUUCUCUGAAAUCGCGGUUGUAAAAUGCGCCAUUGAGCUUAAAAUUGGCGACGCUAUUGAAUGCUACGGAAGCCCCAUGACACUGUCACAGUUAUCAUCAGCCUUAAACUGCUCUUCACCGCUCCUAUAUCGCAUCUUGAGAUUCCUCAUAAGGCGUGGAAUUUUCAGAGAAGAAACAACGCCUGAAAAUCUCACAGCCUAUGCUCAAACGCCUUUGUCUCGGCUGCUCACCACCAGCGGCGAGAGCAGCAUGGCGCCCUUGUUUCUGCUAGAGAAUGGCCCUGUAAUGCUGGCGCCAUGGCACAACUUAUCUGCAAACAUCAAGAAUAAUAGUGAAUGGUUGCCAUUUGAGGCUGCUCAUGGCAACGACUUGUGGAGCUAUGCUGCGGCUAAUCCAACAUUCAAUGCAUUGUUUAAUGAGGCCAUUGCUUGUUUUGGCAGGGUGAUUACUGUGCCUGCGAUACUUGAAAGUUGUGGAGAGGUUUUUGAAGGAGUUGGAUGUUUGGUGGAUGUGGGAGGAGGAAAUGGAACUAGCUUGAGCAUGAUUGUGAAGGCUUGCCCAUGGAUUCGUGGUCUCAACUUUGAUCUUCCACAUGUUGUGUCAACUUCACCGGAAUACGAGAAUGUGCGGCAUGUAGGUGGCAACAUGUUCGACUAUGUCCCGAAGGCUGAUGCUGCUUUUUUCAUGUGGAUUCUACAUUGCUGGGAUGAUGAAGAAUGCAUCAAAAUUUUGAAAAAUUGCAAGGAAGCCAUCCCAAAAAGUAGAGGAAAAGUGAUAAUCGUAGAAAUAGUGAUUGAUGAAAAGGAAAAAAGUAAGACGUCAGAUAUGAGGCUCAUGCUAGACAUGGCGAUGAUGGCUCGUUUCAAGAAGGGCAAGGAAAGAACAGCUGACGAAUGGGCCUAUUUACUUAACGAGGCUGGUUUUAGUCGACACACCAUUACUCCCAUUGGAGGCCUUCCAUCUCUUAUUCAAGCUUUUAUAUGAUACUAUAACAAAAUGGGAUUGAGACUUCGACUCCUUAACGGUACGGAGGAAUCUUAUCCUCACCUAACAACUAAAAAAGAAAAAUACAAAAAUAAACCUUUUAUUUUUAAAUAGAAUGAAUUGUCAAUUUUUCAAUAGCAAUGAGACAAAAUUUCAUCCUCGCCGUUAAAAGAGUAGGAUAUUAUCCAUAAUUACUGCUUCUU